UUUCUUUUUCCCACUCGUCGAGUUUACUUUCACAUUUCCUGGAAGCUAGGGCUAUGUCAUGCCACAUAUUGCAUGGGCCCGUUUACGUGUUUGAUAAUGGGCCUCAGAGCCCAAUUAAAUUUGUGUCUCUCAACACGGUGUCGUGCGUAAUCGAAUCUCAAUCUCGCAUGUCGCCGAUUACUUCUUCUCUUGACGCUGUGCAUAUACUCCCUCCCUCUCUCUCUCUCUCUCAAGCAAAGCUUCUUCGAUCUUCCCCAGUACAGUUUUUCGUUAUAAAGGAUUGUUCUGCAAUGGACACAAAAGCUCUGGCGAAAUCGAAGAGAGCUCACACUCAACACUACUCCAAGAAAUCACAUCCGCUUCAUAAGCCGAAAGCUCUAGAGAAAGGGCAAGUAAACCAACCAAAGAGUCCGGUUCAAUCUCGUCGUGUUUCUGCACUACCGUCGAAUCUGGACCGGUACGAUGAUGAACCCGAUCUCGGUUUGUCGACUAAUCAACCCGCGGAUGUUAUUGUGCCGAAAAGCAAAGGAGCUGAUUAUCUGCAUUUGAUAUCUGAAGCCAAAGCUGAGUCUCAUUCAAAGAUUGAGAACGAUUCAGAUUGUUUAUCAUCGUUAGAUGAUCUUUUGCACGAUGAGUUUAGUCGUGUAGUUGGAUCUAUGAUCUCGGCAAGAGGGGAAGGUGUGCUUUCAUGGAUGGAAGACGACAACUUUGUUGUGGAAGAAGAUGGAUCAGAUUCAUAUAAUGAGCCUGGAUUCCUUUCCUUGGAUCUAAAGGCACUGGAGAAAAUGCUAGAGAAAGUGGAGGUGCAUGAGAGGCUCUACAUUGAAGCUGAUCUUUUGCCACCCGAGCUGUGUACAGCCCAAUCAAAAGUUAGCCAAGAUAAAGAACUGUAUUGUUCCCACACUUCCCAAGACGAGGAAGCUGUGACAACAAGUCUGAAUAAGCUGGUUCAACAAGAAUCAAGUGGAAAGAUUGACCCACAGGGAAAAUCAUCAUCAGCUUUGAAGGACAUGCAAACACUUACUGACCAGCCAGAGAUAUCUUCAGAAGUUGAAGCCGACCUAGAUUUUCUUCUUGACUCCUUUAGUAAAGAGCCUAAGCCAGUGGCCAGCGCCUCAAGUACAUCCAGUCAGAAUCCUUCUGUCCAAAGAUCUUCAGCUUUUGAAACUGAGCUGGAUUCUCUUCUCAGCUCUCACGGUGGCGCAGAACCAGCGAACCCAUCUGAUCAAAAGCUUACCACGGCGGAUUUCGAUGACAUGCUUGAUGAUUUGCUCGAAAGUACUUCAGUAGCAACCAAACCACAGGAGAACCAGACCCCUUUGUCGUCGACAGUUGGAAAAUCCAAAGUUAUAGAGGAGUUUGAUUCUUGGUUAGAUACGAUUUGAUUUAUGUGUUUAGUGUAAUACUUUUUUUUAUUCCCAGGCAAAUGAGAAUCUACUAUGUAGUCUAUAAAAAAUCGUUGGGGCUUAGGUAAUCCUUGUUUGCCGAUCUAGCUAUGGUCUGAGCAUUCUCUCUUCCAGCUUAGGUAAACCUUGUAUUCUAAUUUUUAAAUCAAAAGAUUGUUGAAGCUU